CCGUUAAGUCUAUUACGGUUGGAACAUUGCAAUCAGCUCAACAUAUUGAUCGGAGUGAAAUAGUUGUCUGAUUUUGAUUUCACAUCAACAUUAAGCAGCUCAAACUCAAUAAUGGUUCCUGUAACACCUAUAACAUGUUGCAGGCAAGCUAAUUAACACUUUUACUAUUUGAAUGCAAUAAUUCACUGUUUAUUCUUGAUAUGGUAUGCUUGAAAUCCAUUGCACACAUCAAACAUUCUUCAGGACAAAAUUGUCCUCUAUGGUCCUGCUUUGAGCAGCUAUGAACCCGGGCCAAGAAGUGUUACACGCCAACCCACGUGACUAAUUACUCACCGUUAGUGAGUAGCCCGUCAUCAGCUAACGGGAGAAUAGAUGGACAGAUUUGGGCCAUAUGGGCAGCUGAGAUUUGGACCACGCCGCAGGGUUUGUUGUCAGCUUUUGAAAGGACACCAGCAAGAGAAUCUUUAUAGCUCAAACUGGGAGAACUGGGCGUCCUGGGUUUCUGGGAAAGUCCGCUGGCUGGAUCGCCGCGCUCUGAGCAGCCCGGACACAUCGGUAGGUGCUGGUCAACGGCGCCAUGUUUCGGAGGAGGAAGAACCCGGGGAACAAUUCACCAGCCAAGAGGCAGAACAAGGAGAUCAAGGAGACCAAGAUAACAAUCAACUGCGUCACCUUCCCGCUGCCCAGUGUGACGCCAGAUCAGCCAGAGCAGCAGCUACUGAAGCCCAAUGAGUGGAGCUACUGUGACUACUUCUGGACUGACAAGAAGGACCCCCAGGGGACCCCCUCUGUGGGCGGCUUUGAGGUGCUGUUGCAGAAACAGCUCAAGGGCAAACAGAUGCAGAAAGAGAUGGCUGAGUUCGUCCGGGAGAGGAUAAAGAUUGAAGAUGAAUACUCUAAGAACCUCUCCAAGCUCUCCCAGAGCCCCUUGGCUGCUCAGGAGGAAGGAACCCUUGGGGAAGCUUGGGCCCAGCUGAAGAGGAGUUGUCAUGACGAGGCUGAAGUCCACCUCAAGUUCUCCAACAAGCUCCAGUGUGAGGUGGAGAAGCCCCUGCUGACAUUCAGAGACAACUUCAAGAAGGAGUUGAAGAAGUACGAUCACCACAUCAUAGACCUCAGGAAGCAGCUGGCCAGCCGCUAUGCAGGUGUGGAGAAGGCCCGUAAAGCCCUGGCAGACCGGCAGAAAGAUCUGGAGGUGAAGACCCAGCAGCUGGACAUCAAGCACAUGAACAAACACGAGGAGGACAUCAAGAAGGCCCGGCGGAAAUCCACACAAGCAGGUGAUGACCUCAUGCACAAUGUGGACCUGUACAACCGGGCCCAGUCCAAGUGGUUUGAGGAGAUGGUCACCACAAGCCUGGAGCUGGAGAGACUUGAGGUUGAGAGGGUGGAGAUGAUACAACAAAAUUUACGCCAGUACACAACGCUGCGACAUGAAACUGACAUGUUCAACCAAAGUACGGUGGAGCCAGUGGAUCAGCUGCUUCAGAGUGUGGACCCAGCCAAAGACCGAGAGCUGUGGGUGCAGGAGCACAAGACCGGGGAGCUCCGCCCUGUGGACAUGGACAUAUAGUCAAUUACACUGACGUACCUCAAGCAGCCAGAGGCAACACCUCCACCUCCAUACUGUCAGAAUCCCAGGCCUCUCACAGAACAUUCCAACUACAGCUACAGGUGCAUGUAUGUUCAGGAUAAGGUGAGGCCUGUACAUUCUGUCUAUGAUGACAUCAGAAUAGCACAAUGUUAUCACUGUGAUAACUGGAGAAAAGUUAGCAUUCCCAAUGCAGUGCUUUUGAACCUACAAUGGAAAAACGAGAUAGAUCAACAGUCCAAAUACCAGCAUGUUACAGUAAUACAAUGUUUGAUAGUUUUACUCUGUAUAAUGAAUGCCACUAAACAAGCUUAAACAAUAAUUUUGUUUUUUAUCUGUUGUAAAAUUAGAAGUUUACACGAUUAAGAAGGAUACAUUUGUAUGUAUUUGAGGAAUAGAUUGGAUGCAUUGUAAAACCUUAGAAUUUUGGCAUAUAAAUUGAACAACUAAUUAUUAACAUUUCACUUUAUUUUAGAUACUGGAAUAUGAAACAUUAUGUGAUAUCCUAGAUUAAAUAUGAUAUAUUUUCAUAUUUACGCCCAUUCAUUUUACCUGUCAAGAUAUGCAUGUUUUGGGAAAAUAUCUAACAUUUACUGUAUAUGGUUAAGUGCAUAUUUGUGAAAUAUGUGAAGUAUGAUGGCUGUCUUGGCACUGUAGUACAAUGUAUAUGGGAUGUGUUUACAGAAAGUAUAUACUCCAAGUUACUGCACUCAAUGAACAAGAGUGAAUCAACUCAUUAAGGUUUGUCAUGAACAUGAAUUUAUGUACAACAACCUCUCAAAGAUGAAUAGGGUAAGAUGUUUAGGAUUGUGAAACAGCAUGUUUGUCACAAGUCACCUCAUGUGGCAGAUUGGAACAGUCUAUUUUGGAUCAGUGGUGAGACAAUGAUGACGACGAUCCAUGUUACAAUGAACACCUUUUAGUGCCUCAAGGUUAUAAACAGUACCUGGAAUGUUCUUGAUAUAUUCUAUUCUGCAUCAGUGUAUAUUUGUAGAUACAAGCUAGAUGUAUUUUGCUGUUAACUGUUUGUGGCCUUGCACUUUCGGUCAACUAAAUGUUUGUAACUUGUUGUUUGUCAAUUAACUAUAACAGGAUAAUAGUCAACAGAUUCUAAAAUCAUUCAUUUAUUUUGCACGGGCACUUUGUGAGUCAACCAUUGCUUACAGUUGGGAAUUGCUAUUUUGCAUUUAUCCUAAAUACAGUACACUUUGUAUAUCCAAGAGGAGUGCUCAGUUGGAAGCUCCAAGUCACAUUUUAAUGACUCGCAAAGCUCAUCAGAAAAAGUGGUCAGUGUUACUUGCACUGGAACCUGUACUUGUCCAUACAUUUCAUACAGUAUCCUAUUAACAGAUAAUAGCAUAGCCUUUAGCCAACAUAUCCACCUAAACAAGCGUACAUAAUAUAAAAUACUGCAUGUUUGUGUGUCUGUCUGUCAGUCUGUAUUUUGCCGUCUGUUAGUUAUUCUCGAAGUGUAACAAAGCAGGGAUUUAUUGUGUUUAUGGACCAUCUCCUCAAACUAUCAUCCCUUUCAUAUUCAAAUGUGGAUAAUACAUUCACUAUGCCAAGACAUGCAUACAGAGAAUACAUCUAUUCAGUAUAUACAUGCCUUAUCCACAUUGUUUCUCGAUGAGAAAAUAUGAAAAUACCACUGAAAUGAUUUGCAUUAUUCUACCCCAAACUAAUACAGAUUGAAAUGUUGUACUUAUUGUAUAAGUUAUCCUGCUACAGUAUGUGUCAAUGUUAUAUGCGUUAUGGUAAAGUUCUUACAUUAGAAGUUAAUGUACUUAACUUAACCAGUCAUUUUGUAGUAAUGUUAAUGUUGAUUUAAUUGCCUUUUGUUAACUGAUUUCCAUUUCUCAUGUACAUCAAUUGAAAUGUUUCCAAUCUUUAAAGAAAUGUCAAAUCAUUGGUGACCUUUGUCCAGACAAUAUACUGUAGAAUGCUGUGUCUACAAUAAAUCAUUUCCUUUGAAAUACGA